AUGAUUUUUAGUCUUUCUUCAUCAUUUUUCUUUUUUUCUAUUUCUUUUUUUCAUCAUCUUUUUUCUCGUUCUGUUUUAUCACAAAAUUUUAAGGCUAAUCAUUUUUAUUCAUUUUUUCUCAUUUCUCUUUCAUCUUCUUCUUUUUUUCAUCAUCUUUUUUUCUCGGUUUGUUUUAUUAGAAAUUUCAAACUGCUCUCUUUAUUCCUCUUAUUCUUCAUCCUUUUCUUCAUCCUUUUCUUUGUCUUUUUUGUUUUUCUUCUUUUUUCUUUUUCUUCUUUUUUCUUUUUCUUCUUUUUUCUUUUUCUUCUUUUUUGUUUUUCUUCUUUUUUCUUUUUCUUCUUUUUUCUUUUUCUUUUUCUUUUUCUUCUUUUUUCUUUUUCUUCUUUUUUCUUUUCUUCUUUUUCUUCUUUUUUCUUUUUCUUCUUUUUUCUUUUUCUUCUUUUUUCUUGUUCUUCUUUUUCAAUAUCUGUUUUUAUUUCGUCCUCUUUUGCCACACUUUCUAAUUUGUUUCCUGUACCUUUUUUUUUUUUUUUUUCAUCCUUUUAUUCACUUUUUUUCAAUUUAUUUCAUCCAAAAAAUUUUAGGAUGUUUUUCCUCAUUUUUUUUUCAUUUUUUUUUUUUAUUUAUCUUUUUUCUUUUUCUAUAUUAUUGCUUUCUUUUCCUUUUCCUUCUGUUUUUCUUCGUCUUCUCUCAAUUUUUUUAAGCUGA